CAUGCAAACACUACGUACUGUUACACCUGCGGCAUGUAGCUAAACUUAAUUUGCAGUCAAUUCCCCAAUGGAUGCAUGCUCAAGAUUCCCCAUAGUCGUCUCAUCUUUGCCGCCGGGCUAUCAAGAAAAAUACAUCUACCUAUCUAUCUAUGAAUCUUAUAUAUCAGCCGGGGCCAAAAUGUAUCUAUAACUUGCUGUAUGACUGGAGCAUCAAUGUACACGUGUGAUGAUGAAUGAAUCGUCAGUGAUCACCCCACUGGCUACUAGCUAGCUGCGUCCUGUUCUCUCAAGCUGUCAAUUACUAGCACAGCAUUCCACCAUGACAGAUCAGUAAUGGCCACGAAACAGUUUCGCAUGGCGGCAGCUUAUCCUGGCAUUUCCAUGCACGAGGAGCAGCCCACUCGAUCCAUCGCUCACUAGUCACUACCCUGUGGCGCUGGCGUCUCUUAUAAGAGCGCCGUGAUCACCCGCGAAUCCGCACUGCACUUGCACCUUCAUUACCGCGCAUUGAGAUCGAGUGCUCGAGCGACGACCAGCUGGACAUGGAGAACCACCACCACCACCUGCAGCAGCAGCAGCAGCCGGCCGCUACCGCGAGCUCCCCGCAGUACCGGGGCGUGAGGCGGCGGAAGUGGGGCAAGUGGGUGUCGGAGAUCCGGCAGCCGGGCACCAAGGUCCGCGUCUGGCUCGGCAGCUUCGACUCCGCCGAGGCCGCGGCCGUGGCGCACGACGUGGCCGCGCUGUGCCUGCGCGGCCCGCGGGACGCGCAGCUCAACUUCCCGGGCUCCGCGGGGUGGCUGCCCCGCCCGGCCAGCACCGGCCCGGCCGACAUCCGCGCCGCCGCGGCUGAGGCGGCCGAGCGCGUGCGCCGCGAACCGGAGCUUGUCGGUGCUGCUGCCGCUGCCAGGGGCCCCGGCACCAGCAGCCGCCUUGACCUGGCCGUGGGCGACGAGUUUGACGACGACCUCGCGUCGCCCAGGCUGUGGACCGAGAUGGCCGAGGCCAUGCUGCUGGACCCACCCAAGUGGGGCCGGAUGGCAGCGACGGUUCCGAGUGCUCUGGCUCCCAGCAUUGGCCCCAGGGGUCACUGUGGGAUGCAUGCUAAAUAGACUGCAUGCGAGAUGACAAUGGAUACCCAACCCCAAAAUCCGAUGGGUUCUAUCUGAUAUGUAGACGAGUAUAUAAUGGUUUCCGUACCCAUGGACCAUGGAUAUAUUAGUGGAUAAGAAUUUUUACCCAUUGGAUUGGGUA